AUGAGUUUCUUCGACGCCGUGCCCGUGUCGUCGUCCUCGGACACGGAUGACGCGGACGAGCGGGUGGAGCAAGAGGCCGUGAACGAACGUCCGUCGACGAGCGACGUGAAGGCGCCCGCGGGACGCGAGACGAAGACGAUUUUACCGAAAUUCGCCGACGACGUCUUCGAAGACGCCGCGCGCGUGUGCGCGGCGCAGAGACGCGCUCAAAGCGGUCUGCGCGACGCCGUGAACGAAGUCAUGGAGACGAGAUCGCGUCCGACGUACUUCGACGCCGGGGCGAGCGGAGAAGCGGAGGAUGGGAAUGAACGCGUCGCGACGGUUCGCGUGGACGUCAUUCGAAGACGGCGAGUCGAGCACGGUGUGGCGAUGCGGUUGCUCUCGAGCGAUGGGAACGGCGUCGGGGAGAUGGUGCAGGCGUUAGGGGUGAAGGUGACGCUCGAUGACGAUAUCGCUGAGUGCGGGGAGAAGGAGACGCGAACGGUGGCGGUGCGCGGCGCGAGCGAGGCGGUGGAAAAGUGCUUAAGGCUCAUUGAUGCGCUGAUCAGAGAGACGGAGAAUCAAACGUCCAGACGGUUCUUCUGUCCCAAGGUGUUCUUAGGGGCGUUCAUCGGUCGAGGGUACGGACAUGUGAAGAAGAUUGAAGGAUUGUCAAAGUGUAAGAUAGUGAUUUCAGACGAGGAGAAAGUGCACGAAGGGAACGAGCACGCGGUGGUGCGGGCGAUAGAGGUUCGGGGAACACCGGCGCAGGUGAAUUUGGGGUACAAAUUGGCUCUGCAGCAGUUAGACGAGGCGCUGCAGACAGCACCGGACGCGGAGGAGAUAAAAGAUGAGUUGAAAAUGGUAAGCGGGGGAUUCGAUUUAGACGCCGAGAGACGUGCGCUGAAGAAGCCACGAAAGGAGGGGACGAGGUAA